UAGAAAUUAGUAAAACUCUGGUAUACGAUUUCCAUUAUAACGUAAUGAAGAAAUAUUUCAAAGACCGUGCACAACUGUUAUAUGGUGACACAGAUAGAUUAAUUAAUAUUUUUUAUUAAAAAAAUUUAAUGAUUUUAUUUUUUGAUUUUAUUGUUUAGAUUCAUUAGUGUACUUUAUCAUGGGUGAUGACUUUUACGCGGUGGCAAAGAAAAAUCCUGAUCUAUUGGCUAGACUUGACACUUCAGGUUUGCCGAGCAGUCACCCGUGUUAUUCAAACGCUAACAAAAAGGUGCCUGGUUUGUGGAGUGACGAAGCGCCGGGGAAAUCUAUAUUGGAGUUUAUUAGUCUAAGACCAAAAUGUUAUGGUUUUGACUUGGAGGGUAAAGAAAAAAUUAAGGCAAAAGGGAUACGUGGUCACGUUGUGAAAAAUCAUCUUACAGUCGAGGACCUGAAACGGUGUUUGUAUGCUGAAGAGGAGCCUACAGUAAGCGAAGCUCAUGCAACAGCGGCUACUUAUGGUACGAUGGUUGUAAACAACAUUCAUGAGAGAGCCGUUGACCCUUAUUGCCCCGUUGUAAAGUACCCGACUUAUACACCAUACAGAGAAAAUGUGUCAAUCAGAUCAUUUCAACACCAAAUAUACACCAUUAAGACUAUGAAAAUGACAUUAAACCGUUUAGAUGAUAAGCGGGNCAACACCGAAUAUACACCAUUAAGACUAUGA